GUGAUCGCCCUGACGUCACGCAUCAACACCUGUUUAUCUGGUGGUGGGUAAAACAAAAUAUUUUUACAUCGUUUGUGUAUGGGAUCGGACUUUUCAACUUUUAACAACUUCUACGUUCAUUUAUGGAUUUUAAAAAUUCAAAAAGUUUUGAAAUGCUUACGAUUUUCAUAUUUUCUUAUUCAAAUAUCUUUUGAAAAUGAAUAAACGUUUUAAAUGACAUAUGAUUUUAAUAGCGGCGUAGCGAUGCUCCAAACUUUCAGAAAAAACACUAUUGCCAUACCUAAUUAUGAAGAUUUUCGAAGCGCUUUUGGUGAAAGCCUGUGUACCGCUUUCUUUCAUCCUGUUAGUUCUAUGGUCGCACGACGGUGCACAUGAUAAAACGACUGUAAACGUUUUAUUUACAUUAGUUAUCACUUACACAUGGUGGUGGCUUUUUGCCGGACAUAAACGUGCAAACAGAAGUUAUGAUACUAAUAGCCUGGGACAUUCGCGCGAACUACUGAAUGUAAUGUUCAUAGCCAACUUUAUCGUUAUCUACAGAGUUUUGGGAAAUGAACAUCAAAGGAGAUUUAUCAUUGAUCAUGCGAUCCCGUUUAUGGACUUGAUUUCCGUAUACAAUUGCAUAAAGCAUGAGUUAUUGUGUGUUCUUUAUUUUUCAUAUAACUAUGCAAGGUACGUGGGAAUAACACCUAGUAAAGGAAUAAUCCUUCUUGUGUAUUUGUUCAUUCAUGCAGUCUUUUUACUCGUGAUUUUAGAAUUUCUUUUAACAACAACUGUAGCUUCGGUUCAUAUAUUUCUUACCGAAAAUUUUUUAUACAGAUAUGACGCUAACCUAACAAAAGAUUACCCGAUGGGGUUUGUAGAUGUAAUUGAAUUAUAUAAAGACGAGAACUACCCUGCAUAUGUAAAAGAAAUUUUUGUUCAGAAUAUGGAGGGAAAGUUCACAUUACAGACCUCAACAAAAGAAAUACAUAAAGAUUCAUCCGGCUCUUAUCUGCCAUAUAAUAAUAGAUCCGUGUUCAGAUACAUCGGUGAAGAUGUUGAAAUAUCUUGCAGUUAUUUAUACAAUAACAGUACUGCUUUUAGAACAAUCUGGAUAAAAAACGGAAAACAACUGGCAAAGAGUAAUAGAUAUAUAUUUAACUUGAAUAUAAGCCGAGAUACAAGUAAUGAAAGUAAACAGUGGUAUUCUGUUAAUUUAAUGUUCCGGAUAAGUUUGCUAAGUAAAUAUGAUUUUGGAAAAUACGAAUGUGUUCUGGUGACUUCUGAAAUACUUCAGACAACUAAUUUAUAUCAGAAUAAAAUGAUUAAAAAAAUGUUAAUAAUAUCUGUAUAUCAUAUCGAAGAAUUGACACCACAAACAAAGAUCAUGUAUAGGGAGGUCGGAAGUCUUAUUUUGUCAGUUGGAUACUUCUACUACCACAUGUUUGAAAACGAUGAUAUAUCUGUAGAAUACACAAUCAAUAACAGACCAAUCCGGGAAGUAUGUGGAGGAUAUAUCACACAAGUAUGCUCGGUAGGUUCUAGAUUACGAAGAUUAUUUGCUACCCGUAACAUUAAUAGCAUUACCGAUGAAGGACUUCCUGAAAUAUCUGCAUAUUCAUACGACGGUUUGGACAUUUAUUCCACACUGGUGAAGUUCUGCAUGUGCAAAAAUGGAUAUGGCAUUCAUCGAGUAUUAUUCCAUAGACGUGUAUACUUAAAAUCGAAAAAUACUCAUAAAAUUCUAGAGUUCCAGCACCCAUAUGCCGUUGUUAUGUUGCCUCAUACCAGAAUGUCAUUGUUUCGUUAUUUUGACGAUGAAUACCUGUAUAAAGAUAUAGAAAAACAUAUUCUAAAUGGUACUGAUUUAGAUAUAAUUGAGCGCAAAAUCAAUGAACUUUUAAAUUUUAUAUCCGCAAACGAAGAAAAGGUGUUUUCCAUCGCAAAUCUUGUACAAAGUUUGGUGUCACUCACGAUCUUAUUUAUCUUCAACUUGCUUUUAAGCAUGUUUAUCAACUUAUAUUUUAGAUGGUUUAUCAAAUUUCCAGUAAGAAGAUAUAUUUAUCAACCUUUACCAUGUAAUCAGCCACAACUUCAUAUUGCGUACCAGGAAUAUGAUUUGAUAGUAUCACAUUCCGAUGCCGAUUUAUUUUUUGUCUCUAGUGUGCUGGUACCAUUUCUGGAAAAUGAGUGCCAUUUACAUGUAUGCUUACCUGAUAGGGAUUUUCACCCAGGUAAAAGUAUUUUUAGACUUUAUGCCGAUGCAUUCAGCAAAAGCCGUAAAAUUAUCGUUGUUUUAUCAUCAGGGUAUCUUGGUGAUACACAAUGUAGCGACCUUCAACUGGAACAUUUGAUCAUGCCGAUGCUUUAUGAAGGAAGAAAAGGCAAGCAUGACGUUCUUUUUAUCAAAUACGAUGAUAGAUGUCGUCUUCCAGAACCACUGCGAUGGAACUUUGAUAUUGAUGUGUUACCCUGGACCGUCGAAACACAAACGGUACUAAAAUUAAAACGUAUUAAGUUAUGGUACUUAACUGGUAAUAUAUGAUAGGCAAGUCUUUAAGUUGGUACACUUCUAUAUUCCACAGUUGUCUUAUUUGUAUGAUAAGACCCAUGAACAAGGUAACGGUUACAGUAUUAUUUGUACUUAUUUUUGUAUGACGAAGCCUAUGAACAGGGUAACUGUAUUAAUAUUUUAAUGUAUUCUUAACAGACAGACUUCUCAGCCUCUGAGUAAGCGUAUGAACAGUCAUAGAUUCACAAUACGAAGCAUUACUGAUCCUAGUUUUUCAUCAAAUGGUGCUAAUUAUUUUAAUUCUGAUAAUCAUUCGUUAGAUGAUUUUUCUUACAUGCCAGCUGAUUUUGUUUAUGAUGAUUUUCACAGACUUUUAAAAGAAACACAAGAUUCACAAACUUGAUACAUUGUAUCCACGAAGUUUAAAUGCCUAUGUGUUUUAUAAAUACUUUGAAUAGAAUGUACUAGAUUUGUUUUACAGUGGAAAAUAUUUGCAUCUUUUUCUCUUUUUGAUCCA